CAGCCCUUGGCCGGGCAGGGUGACCCGGCGCACACACACACACACACACACACACACAGAGACACACGUGUGGGCUGUGCACACACACUCCGCAGCUGAUGCAGGAAACCAACCGCGGCGGCACAGCCCCCACCGGCAAAACCCGCAUCCCGGGCCAAAAAAGGGGCGCCGCGGCGGAGAGCACGACGCGCCUCCUCCUCGUAUUUCCUCCCCCGCCCACUUCCAGCGGCGGAGGGGCUCGCUGCCGCCGCCGGCUGCCGCCCGGGAUGGAAAGUUGUAGCCGCGGCGGGAUGCGCGGCGCGGCGCAUACGGAUUAACUGAGCCCUUUGACAAGUUUAUGGAGCUGCCAUCUCUCUGCUUGCUGUACUUUCUGUUUCUGAGAGGAGAAAGUGGUGCAUGAGAUUAGAGGAAAAUGCCUCGGACAAAGCAGAUACAUCCCAGAAAUCUGAGAGACAAAAUUGAAGAAGCACAAAAACAACUUAAUGGAACAGAAGACCAACAGAGAGAACUCACUGAUGCUGGUACUAGAGGAACCCAAGAUACAAUUAAGGGUGUGAAAAGAAAAAAGAUUGUGUCUGAAAACCAUCUUAAAAAAAUACCAAAAUCGCCUUUGAGAAGCCCUGCUGAAGCCAAGGUUAAGCAAAAUGUAGACCCAUCACCGCUUAAAGCUCUUCCGGAUGCCUCUGAACAUGCCACAGUACAGGAUCACCUGCCUGUGCAAAAUGGAAAUCAAUGUACCAAACAAAAUGGGGGAGCACUUAGCAGUGAGAUAAGUGUUGAAACAACCAAAUCUGAGACAUCAAUGCAGACAAAGCUUUCACUGACUCAUCAGUCCUUAGAUCUGUGUAGACAGGCAGCGGGGGAUACUCAUGCAAACCAACUGAACUCAGCAGAGAGGAAGCCUCCUUCAAACUCCUCAUCAAGUAAUACAAAGACUGACAGUAAUGAAUGUAUUAAUUUUGUUGAUUGCGGCACGUCGUCCCCAUGCGCGCGUACUGCAUUCGAUGUCUUACUAAAAGCUAUGGAGCCCGAACUGAACACCUUAGCACAAGAGUGCCCCCCUUAUGGGAUGCAAAUAGAGAAACUGAGACCAAAUAAAACUGUAAGCACCUCUUCUAGCCUCACGUCCAAUACAAUAAGUGUCCAAAAUCAGUCUGCUUUGUCACAGCAGGAGUUUGCAGCUGGACCUCACUAUUACCCGUGUACGUUGAACAAUGUGCAUGUAGCAACAACAGCCAAGACUGGACAAGCACAAGGCCAAUCAGUUUCUCAUUCACAAGACCUUAUUACUAAAACCAGUCAGCAAAAUCAUCAGGUUGUUAUGUGUCCAAGUUUAACUAGGUCGCUGGUGCAACAGCAGAGUCAAGAAAACCCCAAGCUCCAGCAGAUCUACAGCAUAGCAGUAACUUCGUCUGUCGUCACCUCAUCUUCCACUGUAACUCAGGUUUUCUCUCAAAACCCAUUAGUAGCUAGUUCAUCUUCACCAUUGUCAAUUAACACAUCAAGUUCAACACACUUGUCUAUAGGUCCUGUGUAUAAUUCAGCCCAGAUAGCAUCAGUUGUAAACCAUGGUGUAGAACAAAUAUGUAACCUCUUGAAAGACCAGAAGCCUAAAAAGCUAGGGAAAUACGUCUGUGAGUAUUGCAAUCGGGCCUGUGCCAAGCCCAGUGUUCUCCAAAAGCACAUCCGAUCCCAUACUGGAGAACGACCAUAUCCUUGUGUGACGUGUGGGUUUUCAUUUAAAACCAAAAGCAAUCUCUACAAGCACAGAAAAUCUCAUGCACACGCUAUCAAACUUGGACUUGUCCUACAACCAGAUUCAGGUGGCCUCUUCUUAUCUCAUGACUCAGAAAAAGCACUUAGCAUUCAUUCAGAUGUGGAAGAAAGUGGUGAAAGUGAAGAUGAAGGCACUGCAGAUGAAAGACAAGAUGAUCAAGAACUGGAACCUGCACAAUUAGUGAAGGUCAUUUCGAGUGCAGAAACACUGCAGAAAGGAAACCCUAUUCCAUUAAGCAACCCAGACUGUAUACCAGGUGACUCUUCAUUACAUGAUGCAGAACCUCAAGUAAGGGCAGCUUUACCAAAAGUAGUAGUUCAUCCUGUAAAUGUUUCUCCAUUGAGGGCUGAUAGCCCAAAAGUGACAGAACCAGCACCUGAGCUUGCUGCAGCACAGAGAAAAGGAGAUUCUAAAGUCACAACUCUUCAGUCAAAUUUAACACAUACGGCCUCAUUCAAGGAGAAUGACAUAAAGCAGCAUCAGAAAGUAGAAGCAGGCCUGUUAGAGGAACAGCCAGGAACUACAGGAGGACCAACACAUGCUCAACUCCAGAGACAACAGGCAACUGAUGGUUCUCAAGAUCAGCAAGGAAAAUGCCUUUUGAGUCCCAGAAGUUUAGGCAGUACUGAUUCCGGUUAUUUCUCUCGUUCUGAAAGUGCCGAUCAAACAAUGAGCCCUCCAGCUCCCUUUGUAAGGGGGUUGUUGACCUCUGAGAAAGAUACAAAUAAAAAUCUGCCUUGUGUGCCACGAGCUAGUGGCAUGGUAGCAUCAGUGGUACAAACUGUUUGUGCUGAAAAAAAUAUGAUUCUCUCUGGCCAAAUGCGACCUCCCUUGGCAACAAAAACUCUUGAGGAGCGUAUCUCAAAGUUAAUUUCUGAUAAUGAAGCUGUUGUGGAUGACAAACAGUUAGAUAGUGUGAAACCAAGAAGAACAUCUCUUUCAAGAAGAGGAAGCAUAGAUUCACCAAAAUCCUACAUAUUUAAGGAUUCUUUCCAGUUUGAUUUAAAGCCCAUGGGAAGAAGAACUAGCUCAAGCUCUGAUAUACCAAAGUCUCCUUUCACACCCACUGAGAAAUCCAAGCAAGUUUUUCUUCUUUCUGUACCAUCCCUUGACUGUUUACCUAUAACACGAAGUAAUUCCAUGCCUACCACCAGUUACUCAGCAGUUCCUCCUAAUGUCAUACCUCCCUCUCAUCCCCUUCGAGGAAGCCAGUCAUUUGAUGAUAAAAUUGGUUCUUUAUACGAUGACGUUUUUGUGUCAGGACCUGCUACUCCACUGAACCAAGGCGGACAUCCUCGGACCCUGGUUAGACAGGCAGCAAUAGAAGAUUCUUCUGCUGGUGAAAGCCAAGGUCUUGGACCAGUGCGGUCUGUAGAAGAAAGUUAUCUGGGGUAUAAUUUAUCAAAUGAAUCCUUACUGCAAAGGAGCAAAUCUCUGGCACAGGGAUCAAAUUUAGAAAAAACAAAGAAGUCCCCUCAGGUGCGAGGAACAAUGUUUGAAUGUGAAACCUGCAGGAACAGAUAUAGAAAACUGGAAAAUUUUGAAAACCACAAGAAAUUUUAUUGUUCAGAGUUGCAUGGACCUAAAACUAAAGCAGCAGUCCGAGAGCCUGAGCACAAAACUGCUCCAAACAGUACACAGCCUCAAAUUCUACACUACAGAGUUACAACUUCAACUGGUGUCUGGGAGCAGACACCCCAGAUAAGGAAAAGAAGGAAAAUGAAAAGUGUUGGUGAUGAUGACGACCCACAGCAAAAUGAUACAAGCAUACCAUCAAAGAACACAGAAGGCCAAAGCAAACCAGCAAAUUCUUCCAGUAUGUCAAAACACAGUGCCACAACCGUGGUAGGAUCACAACAACCAAGCAAACUUCUGCUUCAGAAUUCCCAAAUUCAGCUUGUGGCUCGUGGCACAGAUCAGACUAGUGAUCCAAAGAUGGCUCCACUCAUUGAAAAGCAGACAAGUUCAGCUGUGCAAGAAAAGGUGGAGUUGAAAAGACAAGGGACUGGCAUUUCAGUAAUACAGCACACGAAUUCACUGAGCAGAAAUAGCUCAUUUGAGAAAUCAGAGUCCUUUGAAAGAGUAUCGCCAGUUUCUUCUCAAGAGCCCAACAAGGCCGCAAAGCACCGCUCUUUGAAUACAGUUGUAAUCCAAGAAGACAGACACUCUCAUCUGAGCACUCCCCAGCGUCACCAACCCUUGUUGUCAGAACCACCUCGAGGGGAAGUUCAGGGAAGCCAGCUAGUUUCUAAUGAGAGAAGUGCACCACUUCAACCAUCAAGACUCGUUCGCCAGCAUAACAUCCAGGUUCCUGAAAUACUGGUCACAGAAGAGCCAGACAGAGAGCAAGAACACCAAUGCAGCGACCCAGAAAAGACAGAAAGGUUUAACUGGCCACAGCGCAGUGAAACGCUGUCAAAAUUGCCAACAGAAAAGCUUCCACCAAAGAAGAAGAGAAUUCGGUUGGCUGAAAUGGAACACUCAUCUGCUGAAUCGAGCGUUGACUCCACACUUUCCAGAAGCCUAAGUCGGGAGAGUAGCUUGUCUCAUGCUUCCAGUUUCUCAACUUCACUUGAUAAAGAUGAAACUUUAAAGGCUGAGAACCCUUCCAAAGUAGAGCCUGUUAGUAAGUCAUCAGAAUUCCUCAUGAUUCCUGCUGGCUCACACGCACUGGCAGUGCCCGGACCUCAUUACCGGGAAAUGAGACGUGCUGCCUCAGAGCAAAUCAGCUGCACGCAGCCCUCAAUGGAGGUUGUGGACUACAGGAGUAAGUCUUUCGACUGCGGAAGCAUGUCUCCAUCAAAAGCUAUCCCACUCAUAGAGGUAGCCACUCCAAAAGUGUCAUCUGCAAAUGGAGCUGCUGGACACGUGCCUCUGCUAGAAAGGAGGAGGGGGCCAUUUGUAAGACAAAUAUCUUUAAAUAUUGCUCCAGAAAAUCAACAGCCUCAAGUGAAAUCGACUUCUUCAUUGCAGGCAGCUCAUGCCACAGAUGUGCCCACAGUGCCACAGCACAGGUUGCAGACCUCUGGCAAAUCCUCGGUGGAGUUUCCUUCAAGUACUCAGCAUUCACAGACUAACUCCAGGCCUCAUUCAGCGAUUCAGAAUUGUAUUCCUGUUAGCCUGUCAUCGGCUCAGCAGCCUUUAGAUCACAUGUUGAAUAAUCAAGGCCAGUUAUCCUUGACUCAUCAGCCUUCCCAGCCAUCUACUAAAACAUCAGCCCCAGGGGAGCAAGCAAGCACAAACUCGCUUUCUUGUCAUCCUGAUGAAAAAAAGGACUGUUUUGCUCCAAAGUAUCAACUUCAAGUUAAAACAUUACAUAUAGGUCAGCCAUAUUCUUCUAAAUUGCUCAAAAAGACUUUAUCAACUCAGACUGGUCCGAGUCAAGUUGGGGUGGACCAGAAUGCAUCUUCCUUAGAAGUGCAGACAAAACUCUCUGACAUGUCUAAUCCAUACUCUGUGCCUCCUCUAAAGCAAAUUGUUCCCAAUAACUGCAGCAGUCAGAUACAUCAGAUUCCUCCUUUUGUGGUUCCUGUCCGUAUUCAGAGCAGUAUGCCAUCCUAUGGCUUUGCAACUGUUACACCCCUGCCUCACAUUUUAGUGACCCAGGAUCAGGGAAAUCAGUCCAUCUGCAAAACGAAUGCUGUGACAGUGCCAAUGCUUGAAGGCAAAACUCAGCUGCCAAAAUCUCACAAAGAUCAUCAGAGGACUUUGCCAAAUUCAUUUGAAUUUGAGAAUUCACCACCGGAAAGUGGAACCAGAAAUUCACCUUUAUCAAGCUCUUUGAAUAUCAAUCAGAAAGAGUCAGUUAGCGGGCUCUUCCCUCAACCAGAAGUUACAGCUUCAAGUAAACGAAUGCUUUCCCCAGCAAAUAGUUUAGAUAUUGCCAUGGAAAAACAGCAAAAACGUGUUAAAGAUGAGAGUGGAGCUGCUUGUAUGACAGAUGCUAGGCCAUUGCAUUCACUGAACGUUAGAUCUAAUGAGCCUACUACUAAGCAAAAGAAACCAGUUUUGGUAAGACAGGUUUGCACCACAGAGCCUCUUGAAAAUCACCUCUUGGAUCCUGAUGUUGUUACACAGCAUGAAAAAAGCAGCAAGGCCAGUACUUCAGACCUGCCUGACCAUCAAUCAUCUGACACUGGGGUUUCAGAAACCCCAAAGAAGUCACCAGAAUCCGAAGACCUUAAGUCUUUCACAUCACCGGUGUUUGUAGUUAGGAAACCUGAAUUGUCUCCAGUGAAUAGCCAGAGUUCUCUUCUCAAGGCUGUAAGUAGCAGCCAAGAAAGAAGGUCUCCAAGUAACAGUGAUGAGAGCACCCAUGUCAGCAGCCCGGGCCAAGCAAAGCCUGUAGCAACACUGGCUGUGAUGAAUGCAGGAGAAAUGCAGAGGCUGUCAUUUCCAAGCCUCAAGACCACAACAAAUUUUACCUGGUGUUACCUCAUGAAGAGAAAACCAUUGCAUCUGCUGCAAAAUGAUCAAAAAAUCUCUGCCUAUUCUACAUGGACCAUUAGCCCCAAUAACCCAAAUCCGCUUGGUCUGUCGACAAAGGUAGCUCUCUCCCUCCUCAAUUCCAAACAAAAAGUUGAAAAACCACUGUACACUCUAGCAAGAACUACGCUCCCCAGAUCUGAUGUAUUGGUCUAUUCAAGCAAAUGGAAGAGCAGCUUGACCAAGAGAGCAUUAAAUAGGAAAAAAUUGACUCCAACUGAAUUCAGCAAUAAGGAAAACUCUGAAUCAAGCACUGAGCAUGAUAAAGAAAACUCCUUUAUCAAAACUGUACCAAGAAGAGUUAAAAUAUUUGAUGGAGGGUACAAGUCAAACGAAGACUAUGUGUAUGUGAGAGGGAGAGGGAGAGGGAAGUAUAUUUGUGAGGAAUGUGGAAUACGUUGCAAGAAGCCCAGCAUGCUGAAGAAGCACAUUCGCACACACACUGAUGUCCGUCCUUACCACUGCAAUUACUGCAACUUUUCCUUCAAAACUAAAGGAAAUUUAACAAAGCAUAUGAAGUCAAAGGCACAUAGCAAGAAGUGCAUGGAUUUGGGAGUCUCAGUAGGCUUAAUAGAUGACCAGGAUGGAGAAGAAGAAUUUGGUGAGAAGCAAAGGUUUGGCUAUGACCGGUCAGGAUAUGACGUGGAGGAGUCUGAUGGUGGCGAUGAGGAUGAAAAUGACAAUGAGGAUGAUGAUGAAGACAGCCAGGCUGAGUCAGUGCUAUCCACGACACCCUCGGUGACUGCCAGCCCCCAGCACCACCCCUCUCGCCACGGCCUGCAGGAUGCCGCCAGCACCGACGACGACAUCAGGCUUCCAGACUGCUUCACUGGGGCUCACACGGACUCGAUGGAUGGUCUCCCAAAAGCACUGCUGACCAAGAUGACUGUCCUUAGCACAGUGCAGUCGGUCAGCAGGACUUCCAGGUCUCCAGCAGAGUCCACCCAUCAGGAAGCACAUGAGGACAAAGCCCAGGAGAGAGGAGUGGAUCCCUGCGGUGCUGAUGCGGCACUGACGGACAUCGCUCCUGCAUCUCCAGGUCGCCAGAUGUCGGUGGAUUACCCUGAUCCAGAUACAGCCUUGGGCCACUCCUUAGUAUCAACAGCAGCUCUUACAAAGAGCAUGCCCUCCAUCAGUUCCCCGUCCUCACCGGCAGACCAAAGCGUGCCGACGACGGCGCCGUCACCCUACACCGAAAUCCCGGAGGAGAAGCCGGCUGCCGAGCCGAGAGCUCCCCAGACUCACCUCUUCAGCCACCUGCCUCUGCACUCACAGCGGCAAGCCAAGGCUCCCUACGGCAUGGUGCCGGUCGGGGGCAUCCAGGUGGUCCCUGCCGGCCUGGCCACCUACUCCACCUUUGUUCCCAUCCAAGCAGGGCCAGUGCAGCUCACUAUCCCAGCUGUGAGCGUGAUUCACAGAACUACCAGCGCCCUUGGCGAGACGGGCGGCACGGCCGCCGGCACCGCCACAAAUCCUGUGGGAGUCGCCGAGGUGAACAGCAUGGUGCCGUGCAUUCCCAUCGGCCAGGUGAGCAUGCCGGGCAUUCAGGGGCUCGGCACGCCCAACCUGCAGCCUCUGCCACCGCUGGGCAUGGAGACAGUGAACAUCCUGGGCCUGGCAAAUACCAACAUCGCCCCGCAGAUGCGCCCUCCGGGAAUUACCCUCAAUGCCGUGGGCCUCCAGGUGCUGACGGCUGGUGCGGCUCCGCAGGGCACCCCCAGCCCGCAGGGACACCUUCCCGGCCUGCAGAUCCUGAACAUCGCCCUGCCAACCCUCAUCCCCUCCGUCAGCCCCGCCAGCACCGAGGGGCACGGAGCCUCCGAGGCACCCACCGCAGGCUCCAAAGCCGGCGAGGUCCAGCUGGAGCCAGCUGCUGUCGGUUUCCCCGCAGCCGAGACCGGCCAGGCCGGCCGGGAUGCUUCUCCUCAGGCAGCGGCUGGCGGCCAGCGGUACGGCGGGAAGAGCCAUCCCGAGCCCACCCCGCUGACCAACCCCGCUGGUCCCGGGAAAGCUGAUCCUGAAAAGACGGACCUCGCGAACCCCAGCAAGCCAAAGCGUGACCUCCCUGCCCUCCAGGUGAAGAGGGCUGCCCCAGCAGAGCCCCGCUCCAAGGUGUUUUGAAGACAUCAAGGGCAAGAGAUGGCAGCAUAUCUUGAAGAGUAAAAAUGACAUGACAACAGAUAUGUCAUAAAGAGGAAUGUUAAGACAUGUAAUUUGGAUAUUUCCAAAUGGAUAUUCCUUGAGUUGCCUCUACAGCUUGUGCAGCAAGAAGAAGAAACAAACUAGGAGUGUGACCAGACCUGAGAGAAGGUUAAACUCUGUAUCUCUCCUCUGUUAGUGCCUGUAACCAACAUCUUUCUCUCUCUAUAUAUAUAUAUAUGUCAGCACACACGGGUGUCCUGCAUGAGCACAAGCCUGUGACUACUGCAUUAGCAAUUACAUUUUCAUUCAGAAUUAAUUCCUUUUGUUUUAAAUUGUGUUGUAUCUUUUAUUGUCUUGUCCAGAGUCAUCAGUGAUGGGGAAAUCAUGUUCCCCUUGCCACAAGGAUCCUUCUGGUCAAAGCAGUAGCAAACGUUUGAGAGACCUGCCAGUGCAGGAUUAGGCUGCAUUUCAGAUGGUGUGAAUUACUACAGCUGAAUUGGAGUAAAUAACACCGGGCUGUUUACUCAGGGAUCAGUUUUUAACGACUCUGUCAGACACCCUCUGGCAAAUCCAGCACAGCUGUUUAAACAGUAAAAAGGCCAGAACAAGUGUUGCUCCUCGGUGUACCCAGGCACAUUCUGGCAUCUUCUCACAACCUAUUUCCAUCAGGAGGAUGCAAGCAGGUGCCAGUUAAAGCCUGGGUACAAAUGCAACCAGAGUGCAGACGCGGCACAAUCAGCCGUGUGGGAUCUCCACAAUCUUCUGUGGGAUGUGUGCAGAUGCUUCCCUGUGAUCUGCAUAAGCCCUCACUAGAAGAACUGACCAGUGUCCUGUAGCUCUUUCAAUUUAGACCUUCCUUGGUUUCUCAUUGCAGUACAUGACAUUUGCUGGUGACAUGGGUACCUGAUCUCGGAGGCAGCAUGUCCAUAUAAUAAUAAAAAUAAUGGCUUUGGAACAUGAACUCUAUUAAAUGUGUCUGUGUUUCCCGUUGGGGCUUUAAUAAGCUGCAGCAUGGCCUACCUGUCACUUCUUAGGUCAAGAACUAAACCAGAGACAGACAUGUUCAAUGUACCUGGCCUCAGAUCUCUUGACUUGUAGCAUUACAUUCCCAGAUGCAACUCCCAACUUCUGGACCACAGCUGAAAUAACAGCAACUUUGUAGGUGCAGGGAUGCUCUGCCCUGCUUUGGUUACUGCUGCUGUAUACACUUUUGCCCCUUUCUUUCUCAAGUAACUUGCUGAGCUUCAGGUUGCUCUAAAUUAUGCCCUGAGGCUAGAGCAGCCCACAGUUGGUCCAUAUCAGCCAGUCCCCUGCCAGAAAGUCUGACAGCAGUGUUUUGCAUACAAAUUCAAGUGCCCAUCAAAUGCAUUUCAUCUCAGACAACUUACGUAGGCUGAGCACAAUAUGGCCCACCUCAAAGCCAGAGAUGUACCAUGAAACAGACACACCAUGCCUUACACUUGGCUAAACCACUUUGUAUGGUUUCUUAACAGAUUUAUCUUGCCUUGAGUUUACUGACAUGUGGUUAAACAGAAUAUAAAAUUAAUUUGUCACUAUAUAACUUACUCCAGAAGUUCUCAUUUUUUGCAAGAUAAUCCUCACUAAGCUUUCAUAAACAUUGUAGUUUAAACCCAUAAACUGCCUUUCAAACAUGUGUUUAACAUUGGGACAGUUUCAUCAAAACAAAAAAUCCUCAGUUUUAACAUGAGUGACUUGCCAAGAGCCAUGGAAACCAAACAACCCACAAGUGAGAGUGCUCACUCAAGAUACCUUCAGCUGACUUAUCUGAUGGGCCACUGCUUCAGUUGCUUUGGAAAGAUCUUCUGAGACCAGUAUGACCAUCUUAUAGCAGGGAAUCCUUUCCUUGCUUUCCUGGUUUUUCAUGCAAGCAGAAAGUGUCACCCAUCUUAGGUGGCUUCUGACCAGUCUCUAAUUGUAAAUGUUAUACUAUGAAUGACUGAAAGAAACAUGGCUAGAAUUGUCUUCCCAUGUUUUAGGGAAAUUUCUGUUCCCUGUAAGGAGUCUCAGAUUGUCUUUAAAAUUGAUACCUAAAACACCAAAGACUUAGCGCCAUUUCUGGCUUAUAUCUUCAAGGAUAAGACCCCUGUCUUAGAUCUAGACACUGGAUUGCUGAUUCUGUUACUGACUUAGGGUGAAAACAAGCUACUUUAAAGUACUUCAAAUUGAUUAUUAGGUAAUUUUAUAUGGAAUGUUCGUGGGUGGAUGAGCAUACAGCAACAAGGGUGUAACAGCCUGUAAUUCAUUGAUUUGAUGUUCAUGUUUUUUUCCAGGAAUGAUAAAUCACAAAAAGGAAAGAAAAGAAAAAAAAAAAAAAAGGUGGUAUUGCCAUUCAUGUUUGUUAUAUUUCUCCUCUUUAUACUGAACAGACUGCUCAAAAUGUUAGGAGGUGACUGGUGAUUUUCAGAUAUUCCAUGAGAUCUAAGGAAACCAUGCUAGCUGAAAGAUGGCAAGGCUUUGCAUUCCUAUGGUUCAGUCAUGGAAACAAAACUUAGAGUUCUAAGAUGAGUCAAUUAGCUAGGCAUGCUUAGUUUUCUUUGGUAAUUGUAGGCUUGUUUUCCCCAAUAAGGUCAAAUGUUAAGGCUUGUUUGGUUUCGUGGCUGUGCUCUUUAGUGUAUUUGAAAUCCAUUACCAUGCUGAGGCAUUUGUGCUGGAAAUGGGCCAACUGAAGGCUGCUUGUAAAGUCAAAUGCCCCCAGCAUUUCCUCUUUUUGUUGAGUUUAGGCAGUUACAACAUCCCUUUGGGCUUCAGAAGUUCCAUUUGCAGGUCAUUCAGGUCUAAGGUGUUUUGGUGUUGGUACCUAAAUACCUUAGGGUUGGAUUUUUCCUUCUGAGAAGGAGAGAAUGUGACACAGUUCCAGCUGGUAUAAUGAAUAGUAAGCUCUCCAUUAGAAUCACGGACCACUAAGAGCCAUUUGCCACCUCAUCAUCUUCCUGCUCCAGAUCUAGGUGUGGAAGUGAGUUCAGAGCCCACUUGUUGGCACAGGACUCAUCCCCAUUGCAGCCCCACUUUCACAGGGUUUUUCACAGGGUGCCCAUGGAAGGCAAGAGCAAUCUCUGGGCAUGAACAUGCAGUGAGGGACACAGCGUGGAGAGAGCAUCACCAAGAACAUCCACCCACCUCCCAGGAGCACAAGGACAGGGUGCAGAAGUAGGGCUUUUGCUGUGCAGAAGCAGAUUUUGAAAAAGGAAUUUGUCAUCAUUGCAGGAGGGUUGGAAUAGAUGACCUUUAAAAGGUCCCUUCCAACUCAAACAUGAUUCUAUGAACAGUAUCUACCCAGACCUGAAGCACUUGAGUGGAAAGCCAUCAUCUUGAGACUUAACCCUUCCCAUCCCUUAUGAUCAAGGAAAAUCAAGUAAAAAUGAAGGAUUAAAAGGCAUCUUUUGACAGAAAUUUUUGACUAAUCAGAAGGAAUUUUGACAAGCCAAAAUUCCCUGUUUGAACAGCAAAUUACUACAUCCCCUAAUUCUGCUAGUGUUCAGACGUUCCCCAGCCUGAGCAGCUGCCCUUGUGGCACCCAGCUGUCCUGCACAGGAUCAAACAGGGUAGUAUCCUUCAGGAACACUAUGUCCAGAGUGAUCAUACUGUUCAUACAGCCCAAUCACAAGGGCUUCAUCCUGAACACAGGAACACGAGGAGGAGGAGAUGGUGCUGCCCAUUUCUUCUUCGCUCAGCUACUGACACCGCAGUGGUGGCAGUCUCUGCCACCAAGAGGUGCCAGGGAAGAUGCAGUCACCAUCCUCUAGUGCAGCACCAGCUCCCUUCUCAUCAGCCAGGGACUACACAGCAAGGGAGGUGAUGUACCUGAGGUCUCUGGGUGAAAGGACACAUCCAUUAGUUACACCUCCUUCCCAGGAGGCUGCUCCAAGCUCCUGUGCUCUGGCCAGGCCAGCUGCAGGCACUCGCUGGCAGAAAUGAGGCCAGGAGAGGAGAAAGAGGGAAAGAUAAACCAAGGUGCAAGACAGAGCAAGCCAGAGAGAGCAUGGCAUUGUAACCAGGCUGUUGGGAGGUUUAGGCGCAGGAAGGCAGCUCUUGUAUUUCAGACCUGUUACCCAGUGUUAGGUGUGUCCCUGGUUUGCAAAAACAGUCUAGGUGCCAGAACAGAAGCAAAUGUUGAAACAGUACCUCUUUGCAAAACAGAAGUCAUGUUUUCAUCUGGACACUAGACAGUUUUGCUCCACCAAAAAAUCAAGUGGGUGGUUCAGAAACCAUUUUUUACACUCAGAGGUUUAAAUUGUGUUUCUCUCUUUGUUUAUUCCCAUACCUAUAAUGAUCUGUGGCACUUUUCUUAUUUACAGUGUUUCAGAGCAAGAGCUCACACGGCUAAUGCUGAUUAAUUCUGCUGGACUGGGCAGCUGGCUCCCCUGUGGAUAUCCUGUUUUCCUGUGAAUCAUCGCUCCUUCUUGAGACAUCCUCCAACUCAGAUCAAAGGUCCUGAAUGUAUUAGAUAUGAAGACAUCAGACAGCUCGAACAAAUUAGAAAAGACACACACAAAGAAACGUGUCCCAGCUUCUCCCGCCUGUCCUGCUGAAAACUGGCACAGUGAACACAAUCCUAAGCACUUGUCAUAAAAAGUAGAAUGACAAAAAAUAGAAAAAUGGAGAGAGGCUUUGGUAAUGUCAGUUACCCAAAGACUUCUGCAAAUUGCCCUUUCUAGAUAUUUGCACUUUUGCACUUACUUAGUUCUCCCUUGCAGUUGGGAACUCCUCAGGCUAGAUCCUCAUCUGAUGGAAAAUGACAUCCAUGAACUUCAGCAAGACCUGCACCAACUGCGUCAGCAGAGGACUUGGGACGAUCCCUUUAAGCACUGAGCCUUGCCUACAAACACAAAAAUUAAAGGAACAUGAACACC